CGGAAAGAGAACGCGAACGGGUCGUUUAAGCGAGUGAAACGGAAGCCGCAAACAAUACGGUGGAUACUUUUUUUAAAACGGGGAAAAAUAAUAAAAAAUAUACAUUGAUGAAAAAAUUGAUAUGAAACUUAUUUCAGUCAAUACAAAACUAAAUAAGAAUAUUAUAGUGAUUCUGGAAAAGCAGCGAAUGUUGUCUGUUGAAUAACAAAUGCGUUUUAAAAAAUAAUUGAAAAAAGCAAAACAAGCAUUGAAAUGAAAAUUUGCAACAAAUAAAUGACAAAAAUUAUAAUAAAGCGUUUAUAAGAAUUAAUUAAUUAAUCACAAAACAUAUAUAAAUGGUUUAAAAAAAAAAAAUCAAUUAAAAAAUUUUAAUAGUGAUUUCCAUACCAAAAAAAAAAGAUUUAUAAAAUAACAAUAUAAUCUUCGCGCUUUUAAAGAGAAACAAAAAUAAAAUUUCAAAAGAAUUGAAAGAUUUUAUACGUCAUCAAAUUUUAAAAAAAUUCUUAAAGUUUUCUGCCCAAAAAAACAACAAUUCUUAUUUUAAUUAAAGUACCGACAACUUCAAGAAAAGCAGCAAACACAAAGCUAGAAAGUAAGAACUGUGUGUCCCAUAAAAAAAACACGAACCAAAAAAAAAAACACCAACCCAAAUCCCACAGCAAAAACGAGGAAGGAACAAGUGCCAUAAAGCUAACAACCCACAACAACAACAACAAAACGAAUGAGAAAAUUUUCACAAAAGGCAAGAAAUAUGAAUGAGACAAUUAAAAGUAAUAAAGAUUAAUUAACAAAAACAAAAUUACAACAACUACGCUCGAACCUCAAGCUACAACAUUAAGCUACUGGCAAAGCGAUGCCGGGCUGCUGCUGGUGAUAAUAAAGACGACAAUGAUGAUGAAGAACAGCAGCAUAAAAAGCAAUUAAAACCGCAUUUACUUGCAAAAUAGCUGAGAGUCGAAAUCACAAAAAGAACUCAACGACAGUCGGAACAACAAUCCGAAUCGGGAAUUGUUGGGGAAAAACAAGUGAUAUCCCUUGGUUUUCUGGUUGUUGUUUUUCAGUUUUUUUUCUUUCUUGUUUUUCGUUUUUACAUAAAACACGUUUUAUCAAAGCCCCUGGAAAUGCAUUAAAAUUCAAAUAGGCGAAUGAUAAGCAAGGGUCCCCAUGCAAAUUCCAUUACAGGACUCAAAAGCGGGGUCUUCUCAACAAAGAAACCACAAAUUAUAAUCGCUGUGGAGCGGAGGAAGCAAAGUCCAAUUUUGAGUGGUGGCCAGGUCAAACGAACACUUUGACAAAACACGAAAAAAAACAAUACGAUUGACAGCAACAAACCGGUGGUGAUUGACACAUAGCCCAGCCGGAAUAAGUAGCUGGCUGGCUGACUAUUCGCCUUGUUGGGGUGAAACCUUUUUUCUAAACGUCACCAAGAGUCCGACACUCCAAAGUACAAAACACACACGGGCAUACACGCACAAACGCCCAGACAUACCCAUCCAAAUCAAAUGCGUACAAAUUGCUGUCAACAACAACAUUGCGUAGAAAAUGCAGAAUUCUUCCGCCAAACGACGAAUUUAUCAAUUCCAGCUACUAAUAGCUGCUGGACUUCUGCUUUUGCUGUUCAUGCCUGCUUUAGUCACUUCCGUUCGCCAUAUUGAUAAUGACGAUGAAUAUCAUGAUGAGCAGCAACAACUGUUGCGACAACAACAACAGCUACGGUAUCAACAGCAGCAGCAACAACAACAGCACCACAACCAAAGACAACAACAGCAAUUACAACGACGUCGUAGCAGCGGAUUUACAAGCACGUCCGCUAAUCAUCGACCCAAUGAAUCACAACAACAUUGGAAACACAUUAACAAGCAAUAUUACACAAGUGUUGGAACUAGCUAUUACAACAAUAACAACAACAAAUUAUCAAUGGCCCUCACCAAAUAUCCACAAAGUGCUGAGGCUCAAUAUGCCGAUGACGAAGAAGAUCCCAAUGACAAUCAAUACCAUUUGAGGGAGGAUAACGCAGACGAUGGCGAUGAAGAUGAGGAUGACAUGUACUCGGAUGAUUCUAUCGAUGUUGAGGCAUCGGUGGGUUCGGUUCGAUCGCCGAAUGUUAAACAGAAUAUGCAACAUCCACCGUACGAUUUCUACAAUUGCUGUAACGAAGUAUUCGGCUCAUGUAGGACAUCCUGUGAAAAUUUGUCGUUGGUCCAAUUGUCACCCACAGAUGUAAAUGGCCGCAGCAUUCGUCUGGAAAUGAAAAAGUACUGCCCUUCAAUGCAAUUGGAGUUUUGGUCUUGUAUGAAUAGAACGUUAGAAGCUGUGGCCCGUGGUUCUCAGUGGUCGGGACGCCGAUGCUGUGCCUUGGGAGUUUCGCCACGUUGCAGUAAUGCCUGCGCCACCAUGUCGUCAACUGGCGAGCUAAUAAAUGCCUGCCGCCAAAGCGAUGAACAACAUAUGUUUGCCUGUUUCGAACGUCAGGAGGCCGGUGAUCGAUGUUGUGGAAAUGCAAAAACCUCCGAAUGUUUGCAGGCAUGCCGUGAAAUAUUCGAACCUCAUCCGUCGCACAAACGCAACAAUCGCAGACAUCUCCACGAAAUGUGUGGUGAGAAAAAUGCCGAUGUCAUACAGUGUGUGAAAAAUGUCACCGAUAUGUCUCCGGUAACAAAUUCUCACAAAUAUUUACCCUGCUGCGAUUUUUCGGAUAAUGAAAAUUGUCGCAAUACCUGUCGAACCGUUCUAAAUACCACAGAGAGUACGGCCAUUAUCAUAGGCGAACUUGAGGCAGGUGGAUGUGGUACCGUCUUGCCCCACCUACCGCUGUGGCAAUGUUUUUUCACAGCCGAGAGGAAAAUGUUUGUACCCGCUGUCAGUGUGAACAAUCAUGAAAGUGAAGUCUCACAAAUAAAUCGUUUGGGUAUAGAUGGCGCUAAAUUGCACUGCUGCGAAAAGGCCUUAUCGGCCAAAUGCCGACGCCUGUGUUUGCAAACUUUUACCACAGACUGGACAAACACCAUGAAUAAUUUCGAGGAGGCCUGCCUUAUGCAGCCGAAUGAAUUGGAGCUGCGGCAGUGCAUAGAUGAGGUCGAUGAACCCUGUGAACUGGGCUGUGAUGGUCUGAGCUUUUGUACGAAUUUCAAUAAUCGUCCAACGGAAUUGUUUCGCAGUUGUACCGUGGAGGCUGAUAUGGCGGCGAAAUCGGAUUUAUUGAUGUGGCAACAGAGGGGUUACGUGAGCUUACCCGGUGUCAAUUUACCCAUUAAAAACAUGACACGUUGUUCGCCGGAAAAGUGGAAAGCCAUAGCAUGUGUACUGCAAACCAAACCCUGUUCCAGGCAGGGCCAUUAUAACCACAUAUGCCGGGAGAAUUGUUACGAAAUUCUAAGUGAAUGCAUGGAUUGGACUCGAAUGAACACGUCACUGAAUGCAGAUGCCAUUUGUGCACGUCUACAUCCCGAGGGCGAGGGAGUACCUUGUAUUUCGCUAAGACCUUAUCUGGAGGAGAGUGAUGCCCCCAAAGAAACUGGAGGUCAUCAUCGAAUCACGUCGCCCUGCAAGGGCCAUCCAUGUAAUGCCAGCGAAGUGUGUUUGGCGGCACGCAAUGGUUCAUCAAUGUACGAAUGUAUACCUGCAUGUGCUCUGGGAGAGACCUCCAAUUAUUUGGUACCAUUUGGAGCCUAUGUUCGCAUACCAGUACAGUUGACUGCCAAUCGGGGAGGUUUUAAGGUUUGUCGCUGCGGUCUACAGGGUCGCAUUGAACAUUGCCAACCACUGCCGAGUGUAUCCUUUGAAAGUUGUGUGCUGCCGGGCGGUAGAAAAAUAAAACAUGGAACCUCCUUCUACUUGGAAUGUAAUCUGUGCACUUGUUAUGCCGAGGAGAUAACCUGCACGAAAAAACAAUGUAAAAUGCCGGGUUACACUGAUGUCUCCUAUACGAGUUUACCUUGCAACUGCCCCACCCACUAUGUUCCGGUGUGCGGCAUCAAUGGUCGCACCUAUCCCUCUCUUUGUAUUGCACGGUGUUUGGGUCUUCAAGAUACCGAUGUGGAAUUCGGCGCCUGUUCAGUGUGGAAUCCUUGUGCUCCCGGAGCCUAUCAUUGUCCAGCCGGAAUGCAAUGUUUGGAACACAGGCAAAUUUGUUUGUCCUCCAUGCACAGACCCUGUUUGCAGUACAAAUGUGUUAAUCAAACUCUGCCAUGUGAAAACUCCGAUCAACCCGUUUGCGAUACCAAAGGGAUUACAUACAAAUCAGCCUGUGAUCUUUUAAAUGCCAAAUCGAAUUUUGCCCAUUGGGGUCCAUGUAAUCGUGGUUGUUCUUGGAAGGGUCCAGUGUGUGGCAUCAACGGCGUCAAUUAUCCCAGUGAAUGUGCCGCCUGGUCGGAUUAUAUUUUGGUCGACUAUAAGGGUCGUUGCCGUGAGGUGGGUCUGCUAAGUCAUGAUUUGGACAGGAAACGUUGUCGUUUGGUUAAAUGCCCAGAUUUACCCUCUCCGUAUUGUCAAGCCAUAACACCACCUGGAGCCUGUUGUCCCCUGUGUGCCUCAGCAUUUCGUAUAAUCUAUUCGAGAAAACAAAUCGAUCGGGCCCUCUAUGCCCUUAGGGGACAACAUAAAGAUUUACUCACUUUACGUAGUGUGUUGCAUGAGAUUGAUAGUCUUGUACAAGUCACCGAAUGCCAGUUGACCGGAUUCCUUACCAUGGAGGUGGGCAUAUUUGUGGCCAUUGUACCAAGAGCUUCGACACCAAACCGAAUGCAAAUCGAAGCCUGUAUACGCGAAGCGGAAAAGCUGUCAUCGCUAAUAACAGCCCAGUCGCAUAAAAUCACCACAAAUUUAAUUCUAUCCGGACUGACAAUGUCAAAUAUGUUAGAUCCCAGUAUUGAAAAUGCCUCAAUACCUUGCUGGAAUGAUUUAAGUUUAUAUUUGUUAUUGGUUAUGGCAUCCGGUUCGGUGCUGAUGGGUUUGUGGAGAACCAAAUAUGUAUCGUAGUCUUAAAACAAAACAAGUGCCAGUGAAAAUGUGCAAAGCUCAAAUGGUUUCGAAUCUUGUAUUUUUUUUUUUUUUUUCAAUUUAUUUAUUUUGAAAUGUUGUAGAGAUUUUGUAUUUAUUAAGUUUAAAAUUAAUCUCAUUAAUUUCGAAGAAGAAAUGUGACAACCCUAUAGUCUUUUAUUUUUUAUACCCUCAGCCAUAUGGCUACAGAGGGUAUAUAUCAUUUGAUACGGUCAAAACGUGCCUAGUCCAAAUAAUGGUUUUAGACCCUAGGUCUCUUUGGACCAAAUCCGUUUCAGAACAUUUGGAGUCGAUCUAGCGAUGUCCGUCCGUCUGUCUGUCUGUCUGGCUGGCUGGUGCGCACGAUAAUUCUCGAAGGGAGUAUCCGAUUUGAUCCAAACUUGGUACAUCGUAAUAUUUUUGUCAAACUUAGAUCGAGUUCGGAGAUGGGCAAUAUCGGUCCACUCCUUCUGGUACCUCCCACAUAAAAUGUCAAAAUUUGCAAAGAAAAUAAUUUAUUGCACAGAAAGAGAAAGGAUAAUCCGAUUUUGCUCGAACUUUGCAAAUCCUAAUAUUUUCAUCAGUGCCAGGUCAGUUGCGAAAAUGGACAAUAUCGGUCCACUCCAUCAAGUACGUGCCCCACAAAGAGUCAAAAUUUUGAAUAAUUACAACUCCUAUAAAAAUGUGAUGUAAGAGUCCGAUUGUCUUCAAAUUUCACAUAUCCCAAUAUUUUUAUUAACCCAAGGUCUGGUGUUAAGAGGGAAUACAUCGGUCCACUCCUUUUGGUACCUCCCCCACAAAAGGUCGAAAUUUUCAAAAAAUAUAUAUAAAAUAUAUUUUUUGCACAGAAAGAGAAACGGUUAUCCGAUUUUGCUCUAACUUUGCAAAUCCUAAUAUUUGCGUCAGUGCUAGGUCAGGUGCUAAAAUGGACAGUACCGGUCAACUCCAUCAAGUACCUCCCCCACAAAGGGUCAUAAUUAUAACUCUUAUAAAAUGUGAUGUAAGGAUCCGAACGUCUUCAAAUUUCACACAUUCCAAUAUUUUUAUAAACCCAGGAUCUGCUGUUAACAUGGAAUGUAUCGGUCCACUCCUUCUGCUACCUCCCCCACAAAGUGUCGAAAUUUUGAAUACCCAUGAAGCUCAUAAAACGCCACAUUAAGAUCUGAUUCCAUUUAACUUGGCACAUCUCAAUAUUUCUAUCAACACAAGAUCUGUUAUAAAGGUGGUAUAGAUCGAACCAUUUCUUCUGGUACCUCCCCCAUACUUAGGGUUCAAGAUUUUGAGAAACAAAACGCUCAAAUAAAGCGAAAUAAGCAUCCAAAUCUCUUCAAAUUCCACACAUAAAUUUUUUUUUGCUUACACAAGAUCUGUUAUGAAGUUGAUAUAUAUCUGCGAACCCCUUCUGGUACCUCACCCACAAAGUGUCACAAUUUUCAAUAAUUAUAUCUGUCAUAACUUUCGAAACAAUUUAGCAAUUCUUUACUACUUGUUAUGCUCAAAUAUUUCUCUCAAUAAGAAGCCUGAUAUGAAUAUGACAUUUAUCGGAAUUUAUGAUUUCGCAUAAAAUUGGACAUAAAUAUCCUUUCUUGUAAUUUAGCCCAAUAUUUCGCUCAAUAUUUUUUAUUUGUAUCAGAUGAAGUAUAAAAAUGGAAUAUUUCGGUAGACUCUAUAUGGUACACCACGCACAUUUUAACAUUUUCUAAAAAUUAUUACAUAUCUCAUAAAAAGUGAAGGAGUGAGUCAAUAUAAUCCAUAUCAGGAAUAUUUAUAUCAUAUUUUUGGGUCUGAUACAAAAUGGACAAUAUUGGCCCAUUCCUUCGGAAACGGAUCCAUAGAGGGUCAAACGUUUGAUUAUUUAAUCGAACAUAGGCUGAGGGUAUAUAUCUGUCGGCAAUACCGACUGAUACUGUUUAACUUGUUUUUAAAUGUAAUUAAUUAUUUAAAAUGUAAUCAAUUCCAUUUAGACCAACAAUUCCGCGGGGUUCGAUGAAAUGUCACUCUGCUUCCUUUAAGCUAUCGGUUCAAACAUAGCUAUAGCUUCCAUAUAUAUCUGUCAUCCGAUUUGGUGUUGAAGUCCCUCAAAUUCGUAAUAUGCAUUCGACAUCAAUGAUAUUUGGUACAAGAAAUCUUAUAAAGCUCAGAAACACUAAGAUUUGGAUAUAGCUCCCAUAUAUAUCCUUAAUCCGAUUUCGGGUUUAUUCUGCAAAUAAUGGCUAAUAUCAGCCCAAAUGGAGUGAAUUUCGGGACAUAGGUUUCCAUUUUGUGCAACUCGGCUCCGAUGUAUAUUUUUUAAUAUAAUCCUUCUCCAAGUGAUAUCAUGCACUCUUUAGCAAACUAUAACUGCUCUAAAGCCAAAUGUUGAUAGGUGGUAUUAUCUACUUGAAAAAAAAUAUUUUGUUAUGGGAGCUCUAGUGAUGUGGGGUAUCAUAUAGUCGGUCCCGCCCGACUUUUGAUUUUUCCUUACUGGUUCAACCUAUCUUACUUUACUUUAUUUCCAUCAUAUUUCAAAUUGAAUUGGACUCAAGAAGUUGAAGAUUGGAGUUUUACAUAAAUUAACAAAAUUUAGCACUGAUAUCUGGUGACCUCUUUUCAAAUAAUUGUCUAUGUAGUUAUUCUUAUUUUUGAGUAGUUGGGAGUCAAAUUUCAAUCGAUGACUUAAAAUCUUGAAAACUCUUUGAGUUAAUGCGAGAUAUAUUGGAAUUUAAAGACAUGUGUUCAAAUCGCUGAACAGCCGCUCUUUGAUCCCUCCUAGAAUAAGUUUCACUAAUUACUUCAGCUUUUGCAACGCCGUAUUCAGUGUUUUCGUGAUCGAUUGGCAGAUAAUUUCAACCACUUGCAAACCCAAAAACCUUACCAAAUCGCCAGAAUGCAGCCAAACAAGGCAGACAUAAAGGCCCAGUUAAUCUUUCAUAAAGCGAUAGUUGUAAAUUUUAGCUAGUAUCAGUCUGAUACAUGACAGUCUUCCAAUCUCAGGGAGGAUUUACAUAGUUUAAAGUUUAUCAGCCAAAUACAGUGUACCGCCUUUGAAUACCGCUAUCCCCAAGCAUUGCAGCAAAAAAAAAAAAACAUUCUCUCUUUGGUUCAAUUACUAGUUCUUUUCAAUCUAGAAUUUCUAAAAAAACAACUUAAUGGAUUAAGUAUCCCGGGUUGUUACUUACAUUUCUUAGCAAAUGGUCUGUCUGUUCACAUUUCUUCUUCAAAUACCCACAUAUGUUUUAAUUAUUUCUCAUUUUCUUUAUUAUUAGUAAAAAUGUAAAUUUUAUUCUUGAUCAAGUGUGUGAAUUCUUGGUGCCAAUAUAGUUUUAAAAAAUAUAUAAAUUAAAAUUAAUUUUUUUUCAAUAAAUAUAAAUGAGACAGCAAUUUAAAAAUUAAUAAGACAAAUUAAUUUUCAACUUGUUUUUAAAUAAUUCUUUUUUGCGUAAAUUAAAAAUUAAACAAAGUGCCUUUCUUCGUUUGAAUUCAUUGUAAUUUUCUUUAAAUUAAAUUUAAGUUAAAAUAAACAUUUUUUUUUCAAAAAUCUGAACUACACAAAUUACAUUUAAGUUUUGUUUGUUUUGUCCAUUAUUAUCAUAAUUAUUUAAGUUUAAUUGAUCUCCUUGUGAUAUUAGAUAUUAAAACAACAGCAACAACAACAACAAAAGAACAACUUUAUUAAUAAAUUAGGCCAUAUUUAUAAUGAUAAUUGUCAUGACAAAUACAAAAACACAAAUGGUUAUUUAAAACAUAAAUACAUACAGACAUAUUAAUAAAUGAAAUCAAACUAAAACAUAUCUGCAUAGUUAUACAAUAAAGAUUAUUAUAUGAUUAUAAUUAUUCUAAUUACUAUACACCUACUUAUAAGUAGAAUAGAUCUUUUUUUAAUUAAUAGACUAUUUUGUAAAUAGUGUGGUAUUCAAUGCAAACAUUUUAUAAUCGCAUGCCCACAUACAUACAAACAGAAAUACAACAAAACAAA